CACGACAUUUGCCCUUCUCCUACUGCAACCGCGUCUCGGCUUACAGCUAGACCCAACCCAUCAUCUUCAUCCUCCCAUUCUCUGCCAUGCACAGUCCCAUCAAACAUUCUACAUGAAGCCGUGUGUUUGCUUCAAUUUUAAAUCAAGAUCUAUUUAAAAAUCCAAACCAAACUGAAAUUUGAGUAUAAUUUUCUAUUCAGAUUCGGUUUUCCCAACUCAUUUUUGGACAUCAUCUUCAUGGAGAGCAUAACUUGGCACCCAAUUAGCCUAGGCAUAAGAUUUCAUCUUGGCAAGGCUUAUUUGCUGGCUGCAAGUAUUUAUAUUUGAAGCAACCACAGGACUUUGUACCCAAGGACCCCAUUUCAACUCCAAGGAUUCGGCAAAACCAUAGAAGCAAAGAUGAAAAUUUCAGGGAGUUCAAGAACUUUGUUAGCAGCUCUAUUCGUCUUCCUAACAGCAUUUGAUCUGAGUCCAGUUGAUGCCAACUUCGUGAAGAGCAUGUAUUUCUACUGGGGAGCUCAGCAUUCUACAGUUCUGGGAACUGGAGAUGAGCUUCAACUUGUAUUGGAUCAAACAUCAGGGUCUGGUAUUAAAUCAAAGCGAUCAUUCCUGUUUGGUAGCGUUCAGAUGUUAAUCAAGCUGGUACCUGGAAACUCAGCUGGAACAGUCACUGCCUACUAUGUAUCUUCUGGUGGGGAUAGACAUGAUGAGAUAGACUUUGAGUUCUUAGGUAAUGUUUCAGGCCAACCAUAUAUCAUUCACACAAACAUCUACACUCAAGGAAAUGGAAGCAGGGAGCAGCAAUUCUAUCCCUGGUUUGACCCAACUGCAGACUUCCACAACUACACUAUUCAUUGGAACCCUUCAGAAAUUGUGUGGUAUGUUGACAGUGUGCCCAUCCGUGUUUUCCGUAAUUACGAGAGUGAAGGAAUUGCUUAUCCAAACAAACAAGGUAUGAGGGCAUACUCCAGCCUAUGGAAUGCUGAUAACUGGGCAACUAGAGGGGGGCUGGUUAAGAUUGAUUGGAAUAGUGCGCCUUUCAUAGCAAGAUACCGCACUUUUAGGGCAAGGGCUUGCAAGUGGAAUGGACCAGUCAGUAUCAGUGAAUGUGCUUCAAUUACUCCUGCUAACUGGUGGACAUCACCAACAUACAGUCAGUUGAGUUAUGCAAAACAAGGUCAAAUGAAGUGGGUAAGAGACAACUACAUGAUCUAUGACUACUGCAAGGAUUUUAAAAGGUUCAAUGGACAGAUGCCACCAGAAUGUUUUAAACCACAGUUCUAAAAUGAUGGGACCUGGUUCCAGAAGAAGACAAAUGAUGAAGCAGCUCCAGUUUCUCCUCCCACUAUCUACGUACAAGAUAACAACCGAGAAAUAAAAUUUUCAUGGUUCUUUGUGUUUCAAUCAUAUUGAUUUCAUUCUUCCUUUCGUGUUUCAGUUACACAAAUUUGUUGUUUUCAUUCAAAAUUUUCAAUUAAUACAACAUAGUGAUUGAAUAUAAA